CCGGCAAAAGACAAGAACCCGGUGGUGCGCUAUCGGCCGCCGACGCCGCUGCUGCUGCUGGCUCAGCUGUAUAUUGCUGCUGCCGCCACUGCUGCUGCCAGCGAAAGGAAAAGCGCGACGUCUCCAAUUUACAGCGGCAAUCGGGGCUCGUUUACUGUGCGCCCCUACGCCGAUCCGGAACGCUGCCCCCUUCCAGCAAGCAGACGGCGAGAGAGCGCCCAGCAAUAUAGACGAACCGAGUUCCGCCCCUUCCUCCCUCCCAAUUCUCUCCGGCUCUUCCUCCUUCUGGCCGUUGUCUGACUGGCCACGUCGAGAACAGAGAGAAGCCUAAGCAGCGAAAUUUUGGGGCACGCGCCUCCGACCUGGUCUUCCAAGCAGUUCUUCGAAUCUGAGCCUAGCGUGUAAUCGCCUUACGCACUGUUUGCAAGUAGGCCUUAGUCGACCUCAUCAGCGACGUAUCACUCAUCGGUCUGCUGAAGAGAGGUUGUGUCAGUGACUGCUCCGCAUCACGUUGUCGAACCCUCGCACUUCGCCUUUAAGCUGCCCGAAGUUUUGGCGACACUGGUGUGCUCAGUGAAAGUUCUUCGACGCAGUGUGAUAGCGAGUCAACUUCUGCAAGAACAGCCACUGCGAUCCAAGGCCAGCCACGUUUCCUGGUUGAAUGAACCGUGCCUUCGCGUGGAGUGCUGCAAUUUUUAAUUGUGCUGUUUAAUCGUGCGCCGUCUUUUUUUUUCUUGGCAUUGAUUUACAUCGAGCAUCGGCUUUGUUUAUCCCGAUUUGUGACAACAGCUGUGUGCAAAGUGGUUGAUAUCAACAGUUCCUUGAGCAGCUCCGGAUUUGUGAUUUUUCUGCUCAAUCGGUGACGUGCAUUAGCGAGCAGCUGGCAACUUGUGUGACGUGCAGCACGAUUCGGCAUCCGGAUUUAUCUGCCCUGCGCCAAGCUGUUCUGGUGGGCGAUAUACACGUUUAUUGAAGUCGGGUGCCGUUGGUCAGCAUGUCAACAAUGGUGCCAAAGGAAGUCAUCCAUCGCCUCUUUUCCAAGAAGCUUUCAAUAGAGAAAGGGUCGUCGCGCGUGGCAGAAAAAGCCGGCAUUCCGAUCCAAGGCUCCCCCGGAGUGUACAGGCGCCGGGAGUCAGCCGCCAUCGCUCUCUCGAAUAACCAUGUGCAGCGAGUUCGAGAUCAGGCCGCUAGGCGGGGAAGCAUCGUUCCCGAUCUUCUCGCUGUCAAAAUGGCGGAGGCGGGCUGUACGUCGAGUUCGUGGCCCAACCUGAAGGAGGAUUACGAGCUCGGUGAAGUCAUCGGUGUCGGUGCCACUGCUACAGUUCACACAGCAUACUGCAAGCCCAGGAAAGAAAGAUGUGCCAUCAAGCGCAUCAACCUGGAAAAAUGGAACACAAGCAUGGAGGAACUCCUGAAAGAGAUCCAAGCAAUGAGUGCCUGCCACCACGAAAAUGUGGUCACCUACUAUACUUCUUUCGUGGUGAAGGAAGAGCUCUGGCUCGUGAUAAAGCUCCUGUCUGGUGGCUCCUUGCUGGACAUCAUCAAACACAAGAUGAAAGCGGAAGACUGCAAGCAUGGCGUCUUUGACGAAGCCACCAUUGCGACAGUUCUCAAGGAGGUGCUCAAGGGUCUCGAAUACUUCCACAAUAAUGGCCAAAUCCACAGAGACAUCAAAGCUGGAAACAUUCUGCUUGGUGAGGAUGGUGCUGUCCAGAUUGCAGACUUUGGGGUGAGCUCGUGGCUUGCGACUGGCGGCGACCUAUCAAGGCAAAAGUCCAGGCACACGUUUGUAGGCACACCCUGCUGGAUGGCACCCGAAGUCAUGGAGCAGGUCACAGGGUACGACUUCAAGGCUGACAUCUGGAGCUUCGGAAUCACAGCCAUUGAGUUGGUGACGGGCACUGCACCUUACCACAAGUAUCCUCCCAUGAAGGUGCUGAUGCUGACGCUCCAAAAUGACCCGCCCACGUUGGAAAUAGUCGGGGAGGACAAGGACCAGUACAAAAACUAUGGCAAGUCAAUACGCAAGAUGAUUAGCGAGUGUCUGCAGAAAGAUCCCACCAAGAGGCCUACUGCGACAGAGUUACUGAAGCACCAGUUCUUUAAGAAGGCAAAGGACAAAAAGUACCUGAUGCAGACACUGUUGACAUGUGCUCCCACAAUAGAGGUUCGAGCCCAGAAGCUUAAAAACUGUAGACGGGUUCCUGGCACCAGUGGCCGGCUGCACCGGACAGAGACGGGCGACUGGGUCUGGUCAGACGGAGAGGAUGACGAAGACUCUCCUGAUGAGAGGGACCUGGCAGCGCGAGAUGAGGCCAUCCUGAAAGCCAACCAGUCGACAAGUUCGUCGGACAGUGCCAUCGACAAUGCCCUGCCGGCUGACCAUGAGACGACCACCUCCGGAACCUCCUCUGGCUCCACGUCAGGGGCACCUGCACCAAGCAAUCUCAUUCCCACACAACCGCCACCACCAGUGCCAGAGUCCACAGCACACAGUGAGGCACCUCAACAGCAACCUCCUCAGCAGCCUUCUGCAGCCGCAAUCUCAACUUCGGAGACCAUCAACCUUGUCCUCAGGAUAAGGAAUCAAAGGAAAGAGCUUAAUGACAUCAGAUUUGAAUUCACACGUGACAAAGAUACUGCUGAUGGCAUUGCCUCGGAGCUUGUUGGAGCAGGCUUGGUUGAUGGGAAAGAUGUUGUUGUUGUGGCAGCCAACCUGCAGAAACUGAUUGACAACCAGAUCAUGAAGACGACCACAUUUGCCUUGAAACAGACACCCGAGGAGGCUGCCGUAGACACUCCAGAUGACAAGGCGCUCAUCGGUUUUGCUCAACUUUCAAUCGUAGACUAACCAGAGCAAGCGUUGAAAGUUGGCAGAAACCCCGCGCCCCGCCGCAGAGAAGAAAAAGCCAGCAGGCCCACGAACCACACCGCCUUACACGAUUGGUCUUCGUCAGCGAGCGAGUGCGCACCUUCUGCAAGCAACUGAUGCGGGGAGGAGCGGCAGCAGCAGCAAAGUGGAGCAAGAGCAGUACAGUGCGACACCACUGCUGCUUUCUUCUCUCGUAUUUUUGUAAAGUGUAAAUUUUUGGUCAUUGAAUGCAAGGAGAAGGCAGGUUUUGUAGAAGCAAGGGAGCCAGCCACGAUGCAAGAAGCCGCUGCUGACGACGUGGCGAGGAUGUGCGACUGCAAACCGUGCACACUGAUGGACGAGCACACCACUGCUUCUUCGUGACCUGCACUUUUUUUUUUUCUUUUCGUGUAAGGAGCCUUACUACCUUCCCAGCUCACUUUUUUUUUUCGUGUGCCCGCAUACGUAGGCCAUGCCAUUCAUGCAAGUCUCUCCCCCCUUCUUCUCAUUCUCUAGUGCCUCGCCAGUCAUUGCUUCCACACUUUGGGCCAGGCGAGGCAUGUUUGAUUAUGCAAGUGUGUACCAUAGUCUCGGGCAAGGGUGCUGCCUUCCCCCUCUCCCUCUAAGGGCGGUGUGGGAGUGCGGCAGGGGUCAGUUUAAUUUAUUCAGAGGCAGUCAUAGACAACAACAAUAAAGGCAGAUUUCGAAGAAAUCAA